AUGGCUUCCAACGAAUCGAGCGACUACGCCGACAAGCACAACUCACCUGUCGUCGCUGACUUCGAAACCACGCGCCACACGUCCAACACCAGCUCCGUCGACGUCGAUGAGCAUAGCCACCUCACCCUCUUUCAAGCCAUUAAGAAGUGGAAACGCGUCUUUUGGUACUCGCUCGCCAUCUCCUCCACCAUUCUCAUGUUUGGCUACGACUACGUUAUUGUCGGCAACUCGUCUUCCAUGCCCGCUUUCCAGCACGAUUUCGGCCAAUACUACGAGGAACACUGGAUUAUCCCAUCACUAUGGCUUGGUCUCUGGACUUUCAUCUCCCCCGGUGGUAUGAUGAUUGGCUCUCUGUUUGUUGGCUACUUUCAGGACUGGUCCGGUCGCAAGGCCUCCUUCUUUGUCUCUUCCAUUCUCGCCGCCGUCGCCGUCGCCGUCUGCUUCUGCUCUCAGUAUCCCCACGAAAUCGGCCACCGCCGCGGCACCUUUCUCGCCGGCAAAGGCGUCCAGGGUAUCGCCCUCGGUAUGAUGAUGACCACUUGCCAGACCUACCUCUCCGAGAUUGCUCCUCCGAAGCUUCGCGGCCCGCUCCUCGCCUUCUUCCCCAUCUUCACCCUCGUCGGCCAGCUCAUCGGCGCCCUCGUCAUUUACGGUCUUGUCUCCUCCCCCAACGGCUACGCCAUCGCCUUUGCCACCCAGUGGAUCUUUGCUGCCAUUGCCUUGGCCGUCUCCUUCAUCAUCCCGGAGAGCCCCAUCUACCUCAUCCGCAAGGGCCAGAUCGAAAAGGCCCGCGCGGCGCAGCGCAGACUCGCGGGUGAGGGAAGCGAUCCUGACCGCAUCCUUGCCAUUCUGGAGCGUGACAUUGAGCACGAAACCCGCCAGACUCCCGCCACCAUGGCCGCUUGCUUCUCCAAGAUUCAACGCCGUCGAACCAUGGUUGUUCUCUUUACCAGCGUCCUUCCCCAAGCGUUUGGCCUCACCCUUCUCUCCCAAGCCAGCUACUUUGGCCAGGUUGUUGGCAUCGAAGCCAAGAUCAGCUUGGUCCUCCUCAUUGCUGGAGUCCUCACCGGCUGCAUUGCCAACAUCAUUAGCAUGUGGUCUAUGAGCCGCUUCGGCCACCGCACUCUCUCCCUCACUGGCCUCGUCGUUUGCGGCUUUCUCUGGCUAAGUAUGGGCAUCGCUGGCAGUAUCGCCCACAACAUGGCUGUUGCCUGGUUCUGCUCCGCCGUACUCAUCCUCGUCACCGCCUUUGGUGGUCUCACCGUCUGGCCCGCCUCGUACACUAUUGGUUCCGAAGUCUCGACACUGCAUCUCCGUGCCAAGGCCCAGGGCGCCGGUUGGUUGUUUUCCAGCGCCUUCAGCGCCGGAUUCGGUCUCGGCCUGCCCUACAUUUACAACCCCGACGCCGGCAACCUGCGCGCCAUGGUUGGUUAUAUCUUUGCCGCUUUUUGCUUCAUCAGCCUCAUGGUUACCUGGCUGUACGUCCCCGAGAUGAAGGGCCGCACUGCGUCCGAGAUUGACCGCAUGUUUGACCUCGGCCUGAAGACGAGGGAAUUCAAACAUUGGCGUGCCGAUAGUGGCCUCGAACCCAAAGGGUACACGACCUCGAGAGCAGUCUAA